GCCCUCUCCGGGUGAUGAUGUCACGGCAAGAUGGCGGCUCAGUGAGGAUCCGGAUGGACCGGUGAGGUGUGCGGUGAGUCGGUCACCCCCUGUUCCUCUAUAGGAGGAGAACGUCAUGGAGAACUACCAGAAGGUUCGGGUGGAGGAGAAGCCCAUGGAGCUUCCUUUUACUUCCCUUCCCCCAGACAUCAUCGAGAUGAAGGUCAAAGAUGGCAGCAAGAUCCGUAACCUCAUGGGCUUCGCCAUCGGCAAGAUGGAGAGCGAGAGCAUGCACCAGAUUCUGUUCAGCGGGACGGGCAAAGCCCUCGGCAAGACCCUCACCUGUGUGGAGAUCAUGAAGAGGAGGGUGAAGGAUCUGCACCAGAUCACCAAGAUCUUCUACAGGCAGACAGAGGAGAUCUGGGAGCCCAUCGUACCCGAGGCGGGCCUGGAUCCGCUGACAGUAAAGAGGAACUGCCCCUCUAUCUGCAUCCUCCUCAGUAAGGUCCCCCUGGAUACCGCCGAGCCCGGCUACCAGGCCCCCGGCAGCUACGAGUCCCAGUGGAUCCAGGAAAUAAAGGUGGAGAACCAGGGGCCGAAGAGGAAGAAACCAGGCCUGGCCCGAGGUGGGGCAAUGGGAAGGAAGCAGCCAAGGCCACCUGGUGGCCGAGGGGAGACCCCUAAGCAGUCAUAGAAAGGGAUAUUUAUAGAUAUGGAUUCUUGGAAAGAGCCAACAGAGGAAAUAUGGCCAGAUGUUGCCGGGGCUUCAUUGGGGUAGUCCAAGUUUUAGGUCACUCUUCGCUCUUCCAACUCGAAGAGCUAUUCUGGUCACGUUGGGUUGCAAAGGUUUCCAAAGCCUGGAGAGCAAUGAUGGAACUAGAACAAAAGGCUGCCAUGGCUUGGUGGCACUUGUAGAAGAUCUGGACCGAACUCUGGUGACCAGCCUGAGCCUUUACAAAUGGCGUCCAUGUUUUCAGAGCCUUUCUAACUGUCGAUGGAGAUCCACUUUCUUCUCCCGCUUGGUUACACCAUGGAGGAGGUG